AAAGAACACUGUGUUUUAUAUCCCGCUUAUAUUUGUGAACUCUAAGACACGUUUCUAGUUGCUCAAGGAACAAUAUUUAUUUGGUUGGAGGUGCUACUCCUGCCGUCCAAACUCCGUUCAUGACUCUAAAAGUUCACUCGACGGAAAAGCGCACCGACUUUUGACAUCUCUCCAGGGAGCAAGUGCAACGGAGCAUUCGAGCAACAACAUUUUGGACACUUUGACACUUGGAAAUGGCUUUACUUGGGACCAUUUUGCCUUCGAUUUCAACAUUCGCGAACCAGAAAGAAAAACUUUGGGAAGAUAGGUGGAAAAUCGAGGACGAGAAACCACUGAGUGCCAGCUGCGCUCCGCUCAACGUGGCACAGCACAUGGACACAUGUCGUGCCCGUAAAGAUGACGAGGAUUUGAGUACGUAUUUAGAUCUGGAGUUUAUCCUGGCCAACACAACCGGACCUCUGGAGGCAUGUGCCGAGUACAUCUCGCCUGCGGAACCUUGCGCCCUCUACUCCGCGUAUCCAUCAUCGGAGCAGUGCGCGCCGCCGCCACCGUACAACAACAGCCUCAUGGCCGAGCUUCUGAGAUCCGAGGUGGACAUCUCUUAUGACAUGAACCACAGCACCGGGAUUCAAGGAAGAUUCAUCAUCAACUCGACGGGUUUCCCUAGACAGGACUUCACUGACAUAAAAGUCGAGCCCCCCAUGGACGGUUACGGACCCGUUAUGGGCAUGGUGCCCCAAAGUUGCCAAAAAAUCAAGCAAGAGGGCAACAUUUCGUGCAUGAUGUCUUUUGAGCAGCCCAGGCUCGCGGUGUCUCCGCAGGCGAUGGGGAAUAUGACGCCUCCGUUGAGUCCGGAUGACCAGGGCAGCUCCGGGUGUCCAUCCCAGCUGCGCCACACCGUGUUCCCGCAGGGUUACCACCACUCACCGCCAGCCUACCCGCAAAUGCAGCUUCCCUACACGGCCCCACACCAGUUCGGCAUGUACGAGGACGCCAUGGCGAUGCAACCGAACAUGCAAAGGGUGCUUCUAACACCCCCGUCCUCCCCUCUGGAACUAAUGGACUCUAAACCCAAGCGAGGAAGACGCACCUGGCCGAGAAAGCGCACGGCGACGCACACCUGCACGUUCGCUGGCUGCGGCAAGACUUACACCAAGAGCUCGCACCUGAAAGCGCAUCACCGAACCCACACUGGUGAGAAGCCUUACCACUGUAACUGGGAGGGAUGCGGAUGGAAAUUCGCCCGUUCCGACGAGCUGACGCGUCAUUUCCGCAAGCACACCGGACACCGGCCGUUCCAGUGCCACCUGUGCGAGCGUGCCUUCUCCAGGUCGGAUCACCUGGCGCUGCAUAUGAAGAGACACCUGUAAGGACUGGGUCCACAACCACAUAACUGCCUUAUUUAAUGACUCCGUACAACACCAAACGGCAUUGGUCGAUAAAGAAAUAUAUAUAUUAUCAUACUUUUGUAACAAAGUAGCUGGUACUACAUAAUUACGCAGAGCUCUUUUAUAAAAUGCCAUUUAAGAGUGUUUUUGGGGGGAGAACAGCAUACUUAGGGGCUGGUCCUGAAUCUGUGUCCCAUGUGGAGACAGUAUUUAUGUUCAAAUGUGCCUUUCAAAGCCACAUGUUGGGGAGAAUUUCACCAAAACCUAUCCGGGUCAUGCUUUACCCCAUAUCAAAUCGAUUUGGGCGUGAAAUGUGACGUGGAAAUGUCGUUUCGUGAGAUUCACCCACUGCCUGAUGAGUGCAAAACGCCUGACGACUAGCAAACCUCCAAGUUUUCUGAUUUGUAAUGACAUGCAAGUGGAAACAUGUGAUGAUGACAAUGUUUUUAUCUCUGGAAACUGCCUUUCUAUCGUGCCACAAACAGAACUGUGUUCGAUUGCGAUGUUGAUGCAAGCAGCAUUUCUUUCCAAACGUAUUGUUAAUGAAGGCACAUUAAGUGGUCUGUGCCCGUUGUACAUUAGCACAGUCUGCAUUAGGGCUUGAGGCCCUGGGUUUUUGUAAGAGUAUGUACAUUCCUUUUAUAUUGUAAGUACUGUAUUUAUUGUAAAUAUUAAACUAAGUUUGAA